AAGAACGCCCGCCCACACCACAAAUUGGUUUCCAUCAUGUACCAUUGUACAAACUUUAAUGUACUUUACAGCUAAAAUAACUUAACCUUAGCUACUAUACUAUGACCCAUGGGCUGGCAGCAGUUUAUAGAUGAGAGUUUGCUAGGAACAAGUCAAGUUUCUAAAGCAGCGAUACAUGGAUUAGACGGCAAGCGAUACGCAUCGAGUGCAGAUUUCGUGGUCCUACCAAGUGAGGCGCAAGCAAUCAUUUCUGCCAUCACUAAAGACCCUACUCCUUUGUAUUCCAAGGGUGUAACGUUAAACAAUUCAAAAUAUAUGUUCAUCAGAGUAGAACCAGGAAGGGCAAUUAAUUGUUGUCGGGGUAAAGAAGGUGCCGUUGCAAUUAAAACAAACAAGUGUCUUCUGAUUGGAGGAUAUACAGAGGGUAUGCAAGCUGGAUCCUGUUGGGCAGUGCUGGAGAAACUUGCUGAAUAUUUCAGAGCGAAUGGAUAUUAAAUUACACUGGUCUUCAAAUUUCCCAUGCUCUCUCUUCUUGAAGUAUUGCCAUGUUGAACUUUCAGGAGGAAUAUAAUUAUUGCCAAGUUUCAAUCUACAAUUUUGUAUGCUAUGCUCAAAAUUCAUGCUUGACUGACCAUGUGAAAUAUAUUUGGAUGAAUUGUACAUAACGUUAACCAAUGAAAUAACCAAUGAAAAGCUGGCCAUACUUGACCAAUAAAAUGCAAGUAAAUAAAGAAA